UCAAGGAAGUAGCCUAUAGGGUGGCUUUAUUAGUCCGGUUCGGGUUACAGUUACAUUUCCCUCUCUUCCCGUUUAGUUUCUGAACUAGGCACACGAUGUCGACCACCGUAAAGAGCCUCAAAGUAACCUAUAAUUCUAUCAACGAGAACAAUACGUUCACCAGUGGCGACUGUGUGUCUGGACAUGUGACGCUGGAGGUGGCCAAAGACUGCCAGAUCGAGUCCCUGAUGGUCCAGUUCAAAGGGAAAUCCGAAGUGUUGUGGACCGAGAGGCACGGUCAAGUCACUGUUGUGUACCACUCCAAAGACAAGUACUUCAGCAUCAAACAUUACUUUAUUCGAGACAAAAAUGCCAAAGGAGAUGACAGUGAAACUCUGCUCACCCAACACAAUGGAGACACGUACAGCAAUGUUGUUGCCCCAGGAUGCCAUGUUUACCCGUUCACCUUCCACGUCCCUUUGCAGAGCAUGCCCUCCUCCUUUAAAGGUUCUGUGGGGAAAAUUACAUACACACUGAAAGCUGUACUGAGCAGAUCAAUGAGGGUUAACCAGAAAGAUAAAACCAACAUCAACCAUGUGUCAAAUGCAGAUAUGAGCAGUGACCCAGUUUUAAUGAUACCGCAGCAUGAGGCAAAGGAUAAGAAAAUGAAAUUUUUCACAUCAGGAUCAGUAGCUAUGGAUGUGAAUCUUGAGAAAACGGGUUUCUUCCAAGGAGAGGGAAUACGAGUUAUGGCCUGCAUUGAGAACAACUCAUCUCGAGAGAUCAAGCCCAAGUACUGUUUGUACAGAAAGCACAGCUUCUUUGCCAACAGUAGCAGAAGAGUCAGUACUAAAGACCUCCUGAAAGAAGUCGGAGAGCCCAUUCCUGCUUCUACUAGUGUGAAGGUAUCAAAAGUCAUCGCCAUCCCCCAUGAUGCCGAGCCAUCCAUCCUUAACUGCAGUAACAUCAAAGCAGAGUACAGACUCAGGGUCUACCUGGACAUCAAAUAUGCUUCAGACCCACAUAUCAAAUUUCCCAUUGUCAUCCUGCCAGCCUCUCCGGUUCCUGCAGCUGCACUAGCACCUCUUGCUUCUGCCUUUGGAUUUGAACCAUUUGCAAAUCCAAACCCACCAGCAUGGGGGAAUAUACCAACACAACAACCACCAGCACACCAGUCUGCAGAUCCUCCACCCUCCUAUGGAGCGUACGGAAUGUACCCACCUCUAACAGAUUUUGGUAACGUCUAUCAGUGACCAACAUAAGCUGCAAAACAAAUAGUGCCUCUAAUGUGUGAGUAGCUCCGGUGUGACUCAUUCCCAGUUCCCAAGGUAAAUGGACUGCACCAUGAUGCCUGUCCUUUUUAUUUAAAGGCACCAUAUUACUACAACUUUGCCAGGAAAAACAGUAAAAAUGAUUUAUAUGUUCCAUAGUCUGAUUUUAAUAAUGUGUUGAAGUUAUCAUUGUCAUCUCAGGAUUCAUUUAAGACUUAAUGUUGUACAAUGGACAAGAUAAGGGCAUUCAAAAGGCAGGAAAGGUCUUAUGAAAGCUGCUGCUCAGCUGCAUUAUGGGAAUUGUAGUGUCCUAUAUAUUUCAAGCUGAAUUAUACUAGUGACAGAAAGUAAGGAAGUCUUAACUUCAGCCGCUGUCAUUCUUUUUAUCCUUAAAUAUAUAUUUUUAAAUUAUCCCAGAUUUGUGAGUGUUGGAUUACACCUACACCCUGCAUCUUCUCGUGCUUGAAUGUUCUCCCAAAAAACUCCUUUCAUAUUGUACAAAAAACAAGCUCAGCUGUCUAACCUUGAAAUUAUUACUUAUCCUCUUAUUUUAUAAGCUAAAAAAAAUAGAGUAUACUCCUUUGUGCAUGUGUUUCUUCUUUUUUUUCCGUCCUGUAUAUUUCUAUAAUGUAGCCUUACAAUAAAUGUGUGUAUAUCAUGUGUUUGAA